CUCUGCCCCCGCCGCCCGUAGCCAUGGACCUGCGAGCGGAGCUGCUCAAGUCCAUCUGGUACGCGUUCACCGCCCUGGACGUGGAGAAGAGCGGCAAAGUCUCCAAAUCUCAGCUCAAAGUGCUGUCCCACAACCUGUACACAGUGCUGUGCAUCCCCCACGACCCCGUGGCGCUGGAGGAGCAUUUCCGCGAUGACGACGACGGGCCGGUGUCCAGCCAGGGCUACAUGCCCUACCUCAACAAGUACAUCCUGGAUAAGGUGGAGGAAGGUGCUUUUGUCAAAGAAAACUUUGAUGAGCUCUGCUGGACCCUGACAGCCAAGAAGAAUUACAAGCCUGACCGGAAUGGGAACAGUGUUGUGUCCCACCAAGAUGCUUUCAAGCUCUGGUGUCUCUUCAACUUUCUGUCUGAAGACAAAUACCCUCUCAUCAUGGUGCCAGAUGAGGUGGAGUACCUGCUGAAGAAGAUCUGCACAGCCAUGAACGUGGAGCUGAACUCCUGUGAGCUGGAGGACUACCUGUCCCAGGAGCCACAGGGGCAGGGGGGGGUGACAGUCUGGCAGUUCCUGGACAUGGUGAACUCGGGGCGGUUCCUGCGCGGCAUCGACCAGGAGGCCGUCAGCAUGGCCGUGGAGGAGGUGUACCAGGAGGUCAUCGAGGAUGUGCUCAAACAGGGCUACCUCUGGAAGAAGGGCCAGCUGAGGAGGAACUGGUCGGAGCGGUGGUUCACGCUGAAGCCCAGUGUCCUGUCCUACUACAUGAGCGAGGAGAGGAAGGAGAAGAAGGGCAGCAUCGUGUUGGACAAGCACUGCUGUGUGGAGGUGCUCCCCGACCGGGAUGGGAAGAGGUGCAUGUUCUGCGUGAAGACCUCGUCCCGCACCUACGAGAUGAGCGCCUCCGACACCCGGCAGCGCCAGGAGUGGACGUUGGCCAUCCAGACCGCCAUCCGGCUGCAGGCCGAGGGCAAGAAGUCCCUGCACAAAGACCUGAAGCAGAAGCGACGGGAGCAGCGGGAGCAGCGGGAGCAGCGGAAGGCGGCCAAGGAGGAGGAGACGCAGCGGCUCAAGCAGCUCCAGGAGGAGAAGGAGAGGAAGCUGCAGGAGCUGGAGCUGCUGAAGGAGGCCCAACGACAGGCAGAGAUGCUCCUGCAGGAGGAGGAGCAGCGGCGGCGGCAGCAGCACGAGGAGAUGCAGAGGACCCUGGAGAUCCAGCUGCGGGAGGCCGAGCAGGCUCGUGCCUCCAUGCAGGCAGAGAUGGUCCUGAAGGAGGCGGAGGCAGAGCGGCAGCGCAAGCGCAUCCUGGAGCUGGAAGACAUGCAGGAGCGUCUCCAGGAGGCCCUGCAGCAGGAGGUGAAGGCACGGCAGGACGAGGAGUCUGUGAGAUAUGCACAGGCCAGGCUACUGGCUGAGGAAGAGGAGAAGCUGAAGCAACUGAUGAAGCUGAAGGAGGAGCAAGAGGAAUAUAUCAUCAAAACCCAGCGGGAGAAGCAAGUCCUGAAGCAGGAGAUGGAGAACAAGAACAAGUGUCUGGAAGAGGCACAGAAGCAGCUGGAAGAAGUGAGGGUGAACAGGCAGAGGGUGGACCAAGAUGUCAUGGCAGCCCAGCGGAAGCUGCGUCAGGCCAGCACCAACGUCAAGCACUGGAACGUCCAGAUGAACCGGCUGAUGCACCCCAUCGGGCCAGGAGAGAAGCGCACGAACGUGAGCGGAGGUUUCACUGGCUACCAACCCCUCCUCUCCCGGACAGAUUCCUCCCUGAAACUCAAGCAGAAAGUGGAGGAUAAAAGCAGUGACCCCGUGAGGGACAACAGCAAGGACAGCGUGAGCAACGGUGGGAACAGCAGGGUGCCACCCUCUCCAGGUGUGGACACCUUGGCCACAGAGCCCACCAAGUAGCUCCUCAGGAUGGCAGAGCCCAGCACGGAGCAGACACAGCUGCUGUGGCCACCUCUGGAUGGAGGCAAGUGGGGACCAGCACAGAGCCCAUAGGUGACUACACACAAGGCAGAGAUGCUCCUGUUUCCUUCAGGGAAGAGCAGCAGCCACACCGUGCCCGGAGACUCGGACAGCCCAACGCUGAGGAGAAGGCAGCAGGGUCAUCUCCUCUGAGGGACAUGGGCCCAGCUCCCCAGACUCUGGUUUCCACCCUCCCUAAAAAAAAAAACAACAAAACCACAAACCUAAAAAGCCACCAGAGGGUCUGGAUGAUGUUGCCCAGGGCUGCAGGUCCCCUUUGGUUUCUACCAGCGACCCUUCUGCAUCUCCUGCUGCACCCUGGGUCCAUGGCCCAUCAAGAGCAGCUGCCAGGGAAGCCCUGGCAGACUGAGAGGUGCCUUCUUCUGCCCCCACAGGGAAGCCAGGGUGGCCUUAACUAACACGUGCAUUCCCUGAAGGUGGUUGUCAGUCACUGGAGUCACGUAGAUGUUAGCAGAAGCCAACAAGCAAUAAAGCUUUUGGAGCCCCCUGGCCCUCAGACCUGCUUCCCCACCCCCAGACCUCCCUCCUCAGCAGUGCUGGGUGUUGCUUCCUGAUGCAGAAAGAGACCACUAAAAGAAACAGGGCACUACCCAUACAAAGAGGCCCCACCAGUGGAUUUGGGGUUGGUUUGUGGAGGGCUGAGAGGGACACGGGUGCUGGUGAACUGGCCACAGAUGAUGAACUCCCCACUGGGUGGCAGGGCCAGCACCCUGCGAGGGCCAACACCUCUGUGUGAUUAAUUAAGUGCUUGUAUAUGAAGGUCAUGGUGCUCUGGGCUUCAUUUAGGUCUUUGCCCUUGGACUUCAGGAGUCCUGGCUCAGGACCUGGUCCAAGGCCCACAGAAGCCAACAGCAAAGCAU